CGAUCCCACUCUUCUAUGAUUCUAUUGCGGCUCCGCUUUGUCGGCCGUUGGAAUUGGAUAGGGAAGGGGAUAGCGAAGCGAGAUGGCCGCCGUGGCGCAGUUCUCCGGGCUGAGAUGCCCGCCCCUCUCCUCGUCCCCGCUCUCCAAGCCCACCUCCUCUUCCUCCAAGCCUUCCCUGGGGCGGCCGUCCUUCUCCGUCGCCGCCGCGGCCUACGCCAUCACGCCGGCCCAGAAGGAGCGGCAGAAGCUCAAGGAUCUCUUCGAGGAUGCCGCCGAGAGAUGCCGCACCGCACCCAUGGAGGCCGUCUCCUUCACCGUCGAGGACUUCCACGCCGCCCUCGACAAGUACGACUUCAACUCCGAGAUCGGCACCAAGGUUAAAGGGACAGUCUUUAUGACAGAUGUCAAUGGCGCACUUGUUGAUAUCACAGCAAAAUCAUCAGCGUACUUACCUGUUCAAGAAGCAUGUAUUCACAAAAUCAAGCAUGUAGCAGAGGCAGGUAUAUAUCCAGGAUUAGUCGACGAGUUUACUAUAGUUGGAGAGAAUAUGGCUGAUGAUAGCUUGAUAUUGAGCCUACGGUCAAUUCAGUAUGACCUUGCAUGGGAAAGAUGUAGGCAGCUUCAGGCUGAGGAUGUUAUUGUCACGGGUAAGGUUAUUGGGGGAAAUAAAGGAGGUGUGGUAGCCAUAGUGGAGGCCCUUCGUGGUUUUAUUCCAUUUUCACAGAUUUCAACGAAAUCAACAGCAGAAGAACUCAUUGAUAAGGAGCUACCUCUUAAAUUUGUGGAGGUUGAUGAGGAUCAAUCUAGGCUUGUACUCAGUAACCGCAAGGCUAUGGCAGAUAGUCAGGCUCAGCUUGGAAUUGGUUCAGUUGUCCUAGGAACUGUCCAGAGCUUGAAACCUUAUGGUGCCUUCAUUGAUAUUGGUGGAAUAAAUGGCCUUCUGCAUGUUAGCCAGAUUAGUCAUGACCGUGUUUCAGACAUCUCAACAGUCCUGCAACCUGGUGAUACGCUCAAGGUGAUGAUACUGAGUCAUGACCGUGAAAGAGGCCGAGUAAGUCUGUCUACUAAAAAGUUGGAACCAACCCCCGGUGACAUGAUCCGCAAUCCAAAGCUUGUUUUGGAGAAGGCGGAUGAAAUGGCUCAGAUGUUCAGGCAGAGAAUAGCUCAAGCAGAGGCGAUGGCCCGAGCUGACAUGCUGAGGUUCCAGCCUGAGAGUGGCUUGACUCUCAAUUCUGAGGGGGUUUUAGGUCCCCUUACAUCAGACUUGCCUGCUGAGGGCUUGGAUUUGAGUGAUGUGCCACCUGCAGAAGACGAUGUCACACCAGCAGAAGAAAAUGAGUAGAUACAGGACCAGCAUCAGGUUAUAUAAAUGUUCAUAGGGCUGUGCAGGUUCAAAAUGUUUAUGAGGAGAUUGUACAAUUCACCUUAAGACUUUCAGUUUUAACUUUAACAUGAAUGCUUUGGAUAUGAGAAGAAAAUCCUCCUGUUUUUGUUCUGUUACUAA